AUGAGCCAUAAUGACAACUUGAACGGCCUCAAUCAGCAGUUUGCUGGUAUGGGCGUUAAUGAAUCCCGCGGUGGCGGCCGUCCUUCCGGUGGUCGUCCUGCCUACGUUCCUCCUCACUUGAGAAACCAGGCCCCCGCUGCCUCCUCUCCUCGCAACGAUAGCUGGGAUGCUCCUCCUCGUCAGAGCAACCCCAACAACGCUCGCACCACCGGAGGAUGGGGUGGUGCCUCUGAGAGCGGGUACAACCGCGGCUGGAACGAGCCUGCUCAGCCCCAGUCCUCUGCUGGCUGGAACGACCGUGCCUCGUCCGGCGGAUAUGGCGGUCGCCGCAGCGACACCCCUUCGUCUGGCUACCCCCGCUUGGAUCGCGAUGUCGGAACCUUCAAGAACGGCGUCCAGAUCCCUGCUGCCCGCAACCCCCGUCUCGAGCGUGAGCUCUACGGCACUGAGGACAAGGAGCGCCAGAGCACCGGUAUUAACUUUGAGAAGUAUGACGACAUCCCCGUUGAGGCUUCCGGUAACGACGUCCCCGAGCCCGUCUUGACCUUCACCAGCCCCCCUCUGGACCCCCUUCUCCUCGAGAACAUUGAGCUCUCCAAGUACGUUCAGCCUACCCCCGUCCAGAAGUACUCCAUCCCCAUUGUCGGCAACGAUCGUGAUUUGAUGGCUUGUGCCCAGACUGGUUCCGGAAAGACUGGUGGUUUCCUCUUCCCCAUUCUCUCUGAGCUCUUCAAGCGUGGACCUGCUUCCCUCCCCGAGCAGGCCGGUGCUGGCCGCACCCGCAAGGCCUACCCCUCGACCUUGAUUCUUGCCCCUACCCGUGAGUUGGCCUCGCAGAUCUGGGAAGAGUCCCGCAAGUUCUCUUACCGUUCCUGGGUCCGCUCCUGCGUCGUCUAUGGAGGAGCCGAUAUUGGUCAGCAGCUCCGCACCAUUGACCGUGGAUGCGACAUGUUGACUGCUACCCCCGGUCGUUUGGUCGAUUUGAUCGAGCGCGGCCGUGUCUCCCUUGCCAACGUUCAGUACCUUGUCCUCGACGAGGCCGAUCGUAUGUUGGACAUGGGUUUCGAGCCCCAGAUCAGACGCUUGGUCGAGAAGGAGGAUAUGCCCGGAGUCGACCAGCGCCACACCCUCAUGUUCUCGGCCACCUUCCCCCGCGAUAUUCAGCACCUUGCUCGCGACUUUUUGCGCGACUACAUCUUCUUGUCGGUCGGUCGUGUCGGUUCGACCUCCGAGAACAUUACCCAGAGAAUCGAAUACGUCGAGGACGAGGACAAGCGCUCCGUUCUUCUCGACAUUCUCCACGCCCAGCCCAAGGGCGAUUUGGGCUUGACCUUGAUUUUCGUCGAGACCAAGCGUAUGGCCGAUACCCUCUCGGAUUUCUUGCUCAGCCAAAACUUCCCCGCCACCUCGAUUCACGGAGACCGCACUCAGCGCGAGCGUGAGCGUGCCCUGGACAUGUUCCGUUCCGGUCGCUGCCCCGUCAUGGUUGCGACUGCUGUCGCUGCCCGUGGUUUGGAUAUCCCCAACGUCACCCACGUUGUGAGCUACGACUUGCCCACGGAUAUCGAUGAUUAUGUUCACAGAAUCGGUCGUACCGGUCGUGCUGGUAACACUGGUAUCGCCACUGCUUUCUUGAACCGCGGCAACAAGGGCGUUGUCCGUGACUUGCUUGAGCUCUUGAAGGAGGCCAAUCAGGAAGUUCCCGGCUGGCUUGAGACCCUCGCCAGAGAGGGUUCGUAUGGAGGAGGAGGAGGAGGAUCGACCCGUGGUCGUGGUCGCGGUCGUGGUGGUGGAGCCCAAACCGGUGGUCGUGAUAUCAGAAAGUCGAGCAACAACAACUGGGGCGGCUCUAACUCGUACGGAGGUAGCCAGGGAGGCUAUGGCGGUGGUGGAUACGGCGGCAAUAGCGGUGGCGGCUAUGGCGGCGGCUAUAGCGCUGGAGGUGGAAGCGGCGGCAACAGCUGGUUCUAA